AUGGCAUUGACACCACAGGGAAGAUCACAUCCGUCACCUGACAGUUUUCCCACGGCACAGCUUUUCCUCCUAGCAAUAUGCCGGGUUGCAGAGCCCAUCGCCUUGACUUCUAUCUUCCCCUACUCGUGGGUGAUGGUCAAGGACUUCCAUAUGGAUAAUGGGAACAAUGCUUCCUUCUAUGCUGGUAUUUUGAUUUCGGCAUUCUCGCUCGCAGAGGCUCUAACCGGUAUGUUCUGGGGUGCUCUUUCAGACCGUCUGGGCCGGAAGCCUAUCCUUCUAUCUGGCUGUGUUGGAACUAUGACCUCUUUGAUCAUGGUGGGCAUCGCCUCAAACUUCUGGGUUGCGCUCGCCGGUCGAGCUCUUGGUGGAGCCCUGAAUGGAAAUAUUGGAAUAAUCCAGACAAUGGUCGGUGAGCUUGUUAAGCGACCUGAACAUGAACCUCGAGCAUAUGCUAUCAUGCCUUUUGUUUGGUCAAUUGGAACGAUUAUCGGCCCAGCCAUUGGAGGUCUGCUAGCAAAGCCAGCUGAGGGAUUCCCCUCUCUAUUUCCACCCGAUGGCCUCUUUGGAAAAUUCCCCUACCUUUUACCCAACCUCGUUUGCUGUGUCUUACUUCUUCUUAGCAUUGCUGGUAGCUGGUUGUUCCUGCAAGAGACUCAUCCCAAGAUGCAGCCCGGAGAGGUCCAUGGGCAUUUCGACCAGGCAGCUGAGCAGCCGCUUCUGGUUACAUCUGGCGCAACUGCCAAUGCUGGUGUAGAUUUGCGAGCGGAGUCUUACGGGACCUUCAAUCGGGUUCACCUGCAUAAUGAUGAGAAUUGGAAUGUGCAAGCCGAUGGCUCCUCGCCGACGUGGAAGAAGGUGCCAAAGCCCAAAGCUUUCACUUGGCGAGUAAUCAUGCUUGUAGUUGCGUUGGCGAUCUUUACUUAUCACUCGAUGACAUAUGAUCAUCUCUUGCCCAUCUUCUUGCAGGACAAGGACCCCCGAGAAUUGCCAUAUUUGCGCCACUCCCCCUUUGAUAUCCCAGGCGGAGUCGGUCUUUCGACUCGAGCUGUAGGCGUGAUCAUGUCCUCUGAUGGCAUUAUCGCUCUCGUGAUUCAAAGUAUCAUUUUCCCCGUGUUAGCACAUUACCUGGGAAUCUGGCGGCUCUUCAUCAUCGUUACGGUGCUCCAUCCAAUCGCAUACUUCAUGGUUCCCUUCCUGGUCUUUUUGCCAGCCCAACUCAUCUAUGUUGGUAUUUAUGCUUGCUUGAUCGUUCGCAAUAUCCUGUCCAUUAUUGACUAUCCUAUCCUUCUGAUCCUCAUCAAGCAAGCUAGCCCCUCAGACUCCGUCAUGGGCAAAAUCAAUGGCCUCGCUGCUUCUGCCGGGGCUGCAUCUCGAACUCUCGCUCCUCCAAUUGCUGGCUUUUUUUAUAGCUUUGGAGCUGAAAUUGGCUGCACUGGUAUUGCCUGGUGGGGGAGUAGUCUCGUUGCGUUAGUUGGUGCUUUACAGCUGUGGUAUAUCCAGCGUGACAGACGUUCAUCAGCAACUGUGGAGCCAGCAGCUGUUUGUCAUUACGUGGCUCUUCCAGAUCAGCCACACGAUGAAAUCGUUCAUAUCAUUGUCAAUAGACAUGAUGCACACACAGAAGCGGUAAUAGAGUCGGAUUAA